AUGACCACUGCUAUAUCACGGCAUAUUAUUCGCAACACCUACGUCGAUAAUGUUUUCUACGGUGCAAACAGCGUCAGUGAUGGAGUUACCUUCUACAAGGAGUCUAAAUCCUUGUUUCACAAAGCCGGUAUGAAUCUUUGCGCUUAUGCUAAUAAUUCUACAAAGCUCAACCAUUACUUCGAACGAGAAGAGAAAGGAGUAAUCCCAAAGGUGCAAAAACUUCUUGGCUUAGAAUGGGAUACGACCAACGACCUUGUUAUUGCCCUAUCUUCAGAAAAGGAAGCGCAAUGGGAAAAAAUCCUGUCACCCUGGACCAUCAAAGGAAUCUCGAUACCUCAUCUUAUAGUGGAGCAUCGAAAGGGAACCCACUACGAAUACGAUCUUCACGUUUUCGCUGAUGCAUCUUCUGUAGCUUAUUGUGCAGCAGCCUAUCUCGUACAAGGAAUAGAAGAUAACCCAGUAAGAACUUCAUUAACGUCGAAAUGUCGAUUAGCAUCACUAAACCAUUCCAUGACGAUUCCAUGCUUAGAAAUCGCAGCACUGAUGAUUGGAUCUAAACUCCUCGUUUACUUCUCAUGGACGGACAGUGUUGUGGCACUAUAUUGGACAAAGAAUAAUAAAAGUCUGCCAAUUUUCGUCAAAAAUCGGGUCAGUAUAAUUUUGGAUAACACAUCCGAUGUUCCCAUCUUGCACCUCCCUAGCGAAAUCAAUCCUGUGGACAUGGGCACUCGAGCUUGUCCUGUCGGGGAACUGAUAAAACAGGAAUCAUGGUGGAAUGGUCCAGCAAUAUCCCCCUCACAAACACGUCGUAACCUCAAACUUUCUACAGGAACCAGAAGAAAGAAAACCUCCGAAGAACCAACUAAUCCACUCUUGCACCUCAAUCGCUUUAGUCCGUGGACUCGCCUACUUGCGACCAUGAUGUUUGUGUUUAAAUUCCUCACAAAGAAGUCGAAACAAGCAGCAGAACGUUUUGGCAACACCAAAAUCUCUUUGAUACAAAAGAUGCCAUGGACGGAUCCAACACGCCAACUUACCCCCGGAAACUAUUACACCAAUUUUUCUUCCGUGGGAAAGUCGCAUCACCACCCUUUACAUAAUACACGUUCAUCAAACACAUAA